AUGGGUUCCCAAAUGGCCAUCAUCGGCGCAGGUUCCGUCGGUUCAUCCAUCGCCUUUGCCUGUUUGAUGCGCUCCGUCGUCUCAGAGCUGCUCAUCAACGACUUCAACACAAAGGUCUGCGAGGGUCAGGUGCUCGAUCUUCAGGAUGCCGCCUUUGUCUCCUCGACCAAGGUCCGCGUCGGAACCGCCGCGGAGUGCGGUCAGGCCGACAUCAUCGUCAUCACCGCCGGUGCCCGCCAAAAGCCCGGUGAGAGCCGUGACCAGCUCGUCCUCCGUAACGAAGAAAUCCUCCGUAGCGUCUUGGAAGGUCUCCAGCCCAUCAAGAAGACCGCCAUCCUCAUGCUCGUCGCCAACCCCGUCAAUGUCCUCACCUGCAUGGCCCAGAAGCUCUCCGGUCUCCCCCCUCACCAGGUCAUCGGAACCGGUACCUACCUCGACUCUGUCCGCUUCCGCGUCGCCGUCAAGGAUUGUCUGAAGGUCUCCGAGACCUCGGUCCAUGCCUACAUUGUCGGUGAUCACGGUGACAAGCAAGUCGCUAUCUGGUCUUCCGCCAGCAUCGGAGGCAAACCCAUACUCGCCUUUGAGGAGAUCAAAAAGAUGGACCGUGCCGCCGAAGCUGCCAAGGUCGCCCACAAGGCCUACAGCAUCAUCGAUCUCAAGGGUGCCACCGCCUUUGGUAUCGCUGCCGUCGUCUCCGAGGUCGCCCUCUGCAUCACCCUCAACAAGCUCUCCGUCGUCCCCCUCUCGACCUACUGCGACAGGUUUGACGCCUGCCUGUCCUUCCCUGUCUCCCUUGGCACCAACGGCGUCGAGAGCAUCGUCUACCCCGACAUGGACGAGCACGAACUCGCCCUGGUCGAGGAGAGUGCCGUUGCCACUCGCCACGCUUGCCGCAACUACAGGAACUAA